AUGUCAAAUAGGAUGGAUAUUGGGAAGAGGUAUGGUGAUGGAUCUGAUGGAUUUUUGAAGGUUGUUGUUUCUGAGAUGAUAUAUGAUAGGGUUGUUUCUAAUUAUUUUGCUGGUAGUCUUGAUUGGUCAGAUCUUUUUGCUUCUAAGAGAGCCGAGAAUUGGGAAGAAGUUCCUCAGGGAUGUCAUGUGACUAAUGUGGUGAAUGAAAAAAGGGUGAUUCCUGCGGGUGCUGAUCAUUUUCAAGAGGAUAUUAAGAGGUGUGAAGAGCUUGUAGUUGGUUUAUUUGUGGGUGGAAAGCUUCCCUUUAUGAUGAUACAAAGUUUAUUGUGCUUGUUACCAGAGAUGAAAGAUGGAAUAUAUGGCGCACUAUGGAAUGCAUGUGCUGGACCCUCCGUUAAAAUUCCACAUAUAGGAGAGAAAGUUUUCUAUUUCCCACAAGGUCACUUAGAACAAGUAAAAGUAUAUACAAAUCAACAAACCAGUUCUCAAAUGCCUGUUUAUGAUCUACCAUCAAAGAUUCUCUGCAGAGUUAUAUAUGUACAACUUAAGGCUGAAAUGGAAUCAGAUGAAGUGUUUGCUCAAGUGACACUAGUUCCCGACUCGAAGCAAGAUGAACCUGGAAUAAACAAAGAGAAACUUCUUUUUCCUUCUAAGAACACUAAAGUUUACUCCUUUUGCAAGAUACUUACUCCAUCUGAUACAAGUACUCAUGGAGGAUUUUCGGUUCUUAGACGACAUGCUAAUGAAUGUCUUCCACCUUUGGACAUGAGCCAGCAACCACCAUGUCAAGAACUGGUGGCAAAAGAUUUGCAUGGGGUAGAAUGGCGCUUCCGCCAUAUUUACCGUGGUCAACCCAAGAGGCACUUGCUUACAAGUGGUUGGAGUACAUUUGUGAACUCAAAGAAACUUGUUGCUGGUGAUACCUUUAUUUUCAUAAGGGCAGAAGAUGGGGAGCUUCGCGUUGGGUUUCGCCGUGCUUUAAGUAAGAUACAAAGUUAUCCAUCAACAUCAGUCCUAAGCAGUCACACCAUGCAGCUUGGCAUACUCGCAACUGCUUCGCAUGCACUUUCAACUGGAUCCAUGUUCAGUGUUUACUAUCGUCCAAGGACAAGCCCAUCAGAGCUCUUGAUCCCAUAUAAGCAAUACAUGAAUAGCGUAAGAAGCAGUUUUGCAGUUGGGACUAGAUUUAAAAUGAGGAUUGACAGCGAAGAAGCUCCAGAAGAAAGACCUUCAGGCACCUUAGUUGGUAUUGAAGAGGAUGAUCCUGUUCACUGGCCCUGCUCACAAUGGAAAUGUCUCGUCGCUCAUUGGGAUGAACCAUCUUCCUCCGUGCCACGUCCACUUCGGAUUUCUCCAUGGAUGAUUGAACCACUUUCAGCUGCGACUAACAUGCAACAGGUUCAACCCCGAACGAAGAGACUUAGAACCAGUCAAGCAUCACCAGAUGAAUCAUCUACACUGAGCAAUGAUGUUCCUUCAUUAGGACUAUCCUUAGGUUCCACUGAGUAUGCACCACCACUGCCAGGGCAGUCUUCAGGGGUCUUUCAUGGUCAAGAAAAUGGACAAAUUCCAUCAAACACAAAUUUGAUACCUCCAAGGAACUAUAACUGGGGGCAGAACCCGUUCCCAUUUCAAAGAAAUGAUCCUUUUUAUAUGGAUCCUGGAAAUAAUUUACCAAUUAAUGGUGCAUAUCAAGAUGUGUCACGGUUCGAUAGCAACUUUCAUCCACCCCUAUUUUCAACAUGUAAUGACAGUAGAAAUUCUGGAUUUAGUGAGAACCGGUCAGUUCCGCAAUUCAGUUUCCCAAGUUCUGGUUUCCCAGGAAUGAUGGGCCAUGGACACGAUGAAGUACCAAUGCAUCAGCAAACAGACAGUAGCCCCUGCAUGCUUUUUGGUGUUGAUUUAGUAAAGAUUCCAAUGGGAACAACUCCAGCUUCAGAAAUGAGUUUCCCACAAUUCUUUCAUGACAAUUGCCAUGUUCCACAUUUCAGCAUGGUGGAUUCUGAUCAAAUUUCAGACCCAUCUAAGAUCACGAAUCCUUCAUAUUCUAGUGGAUCUGGAAGUGGUGUCGAAAAGCCAUGCCAGAGCUGUUCCAAUACCCCCACCAAAUUUUAUAAGGAGGAAGGAUAUGAAGGUAAUAAUGGUAGUGAUAAGAAGAAUGAAGAGGAUGAAGGUAAUGACGCUGGUGAUAAGCAUGAUGAAAACGAGGAAGUCAAUGAUGCUGGUGAUAAGGAGGAGGAAGAGAAUGAAUAG